AUGCAGCAGAUGAACAUCACUCUGGUCAGUGAGUUCAUCCUGGUGGGCUUCCCCACUGCCCCAUGGAUACAGCUCCUGCUUUUCUUCCUCUUCCUCCUGGUCUACUUGUUGGUGGUAGCAGAGAAUCUUGUUAUCAUGCUCACUGUUUGGGUUACAGUCUCCCUUCAUAAGCCCAUGUACUAUUUCCUGAGUAGCUUAUCUUUCCUGGAGGUCUGGUAUGUCUCCGUCACAGUCCCCAAGAUGCUGGAUGGAUUCCUCCUGCAGAGACGGCGCAUCUCCUUCACAGGUUGCAUGACUCAGCUCUACUUCUUUAUCUCUCUAGCCUGCACAGAGUGUGUGCUUCUAGCAGCCAUGGCCUAUGACCGCUAUGUGGCCAUCUGCCACCCUCUGCGAUAUCCGGUCAUCAUGACCACAGGUUAUUGUGUGCAGCUGGUGGUCUUCUCCUAUAUGACUGGCUUCAUGAUCACCGUGAUCAAAGUCUAUUUCAUUUCACAUGUCACCUUCUGUGGCUCCAAUGUCAUGAACCACUUUUUCUGUGAUAUCUCACCAAUCCUCAAACUGGCAUGCAAAGACAUGUCCACAGCUGAGUUAGUGGACUUUGCUUUGGCAAUUGUCAUUUUAAUUUUCCCUCUCACCAUCACGGUCCUUUCUUAUGUCUACAUUGUGUCCACCAUCUUGCAUAUGUCCUCUACGCAGGGAAGGAUGAAGGCCUUCUCCACCUGUGCAUCCCACCUCACUGUAGUCAUAAUUUAUUACACGGCCAUGAUUUUCAUGUAUGCCAGGCCAAGAGCUAUUGCAUCAUUUAAUUCCAACAAACUAAUCUCAGCUGUGUAUGCAGUCCUCACACCCAUGCUAAAUCCUUUCAUCUACUGUCUAAGGAACCAGGAAGUCAAGAAUGCUAUAAAGAAGACCUUGUGGGGAGGCCAAUGCCUCCUACUCAGCUGA